UAGACUACAACCAGCUGCAUCACAAGGCAAGCAACGGCUACAAGCAGGUCUACAACGACGAGCAUAUUGGCUACAAACAGAAUAAGCAACAAGUCUACGAGGAUCACAACGGUUACAGGCAGACGAAACAGCAAGUGUUCGAGGAUCACAACGGUUACAAGCAAACCUAUAAUAACGAGCCUGAGCCAGACUUGUUACCGCGCGCGUCUUAUGAUUUGGACUCGACGCGAAUCUUCAAAAAGUUGCCGAACAUCGGAGGCGCGUUGCUGACAGAGCAGAAAGCGAUGAUGGCGCCCGCCAAGGAGCCCGAACAGAUGAAGAAGGCCACGCCCCUAGCGGCCAGAACCAGAACUACUGACCCCGCCGUCCGCCAAGUCACCAAGUCCAUGGCUAAACUCUCCACCACUAAGAAGCCUGAGGUGAAAGUGACGCCAUCUUCAAAUGUGGUACAGUCUAGAUUAGCAGCAGCAGCCGAAUCAAAGCAGCAGCAGCAGCCGCAGCCACGUGUGGGAUUGAGACGACCUACUCCAGUUCCUUCCAAUAGCAUCGGAUCUCGGCCAAACUCAGCCUCUAAUCAUGUAGCUCAGGAGCCAGCCAAGUCGCGAGUGGAGCCAAAGUCAACAACGCCGUCGAAAUCGGCGCCCAGAGCCACACCCAGUCGACCCGCGCCGGGACCAGUGCCACCCGGCCUGGUUGCGUGCGACAACUGCGGACGCAACUUUGCGCCCGACCGCAUCGACGCGCAUCGCAAUAUCUGCCUCAAGACAUCCAAGAAAAAGCGGAAGCCGUUCGACCCCACCAAGCAGAGACUGAAGGGAACCGGCGCUGAGAGCUACUUGAAGAAGGGAAAGACUGCCACACCACCUCAAGUUACUGCCAAGAAGAGCAACUGGCGCAAGAAACACGAGGAGUUCAUCAACAACAUCAGGGCGGCGAAAGUGGCGCAGGCGCACUUGGCGGCCGGUGGCAAGAUCUCGGACCUGCCGCCUCCGCCGCCCUCGGACACAUCAGACUACGUUCAAUGUCCGCACUGCAAGCGCAAGUUCAACGAGGGCGCCGCCGCCCGCCACAUCCCCAAGUGUGCCAACAUGCAGCACAACAAACCCAAACCGGUCGCCGGUGCUGGCAACAGGAUGCAGGCUGCACGCAAGCGAUACUAAACGACUAAAAUGACUCGGAAUUGUCGCAACCACUUCAUAAACUGUUCAAAUCAAAUUCAUAUUAUG